AUGACCACCAAAACAUCCCAGACCCCCGACCCAGUGCUCUACCUAGAUCCACACGAGGUCGAAAGAAGCGCAACGUUGGCCAGUGAUCGUGUUGGCCACAUUCCUGCAGACGAAGACAAGAUCGAGGUCUCACCUCAGUCUGACGCGGGCAGCCCAUCUCCUUCCACCGAUCUCCCCCGCCCAGCACCACGAUCCAAAAGCACCGCUGGGAAGGCACCCACCCGUCUCCCCCGUCCUGGACCGCGAUCGAAGACCUCAUUGAAACCAUCCAAGAAACAAGCGACCAUUCACCGCAGCCUCUUUCCAAUGAUCGAGCAACGACGCCGAGACCGCCAACUUGCGGCUCGCGCUGCUGGACAUGCCGCUAUCGCCCGCUUGAAAUACAGGAGCGUUGUCAGUCGCCUCCAACAACUCAGCAACACCCUCUUCACUAUCGACGACAUCCUCAACGCCGACGAUCGCGACAACUCGGACAAGGUCAACGAUGCCAUCAAGGUUGUCGAACAGGAGAUUGGAGGCGAAUGCCUGUGGGAUUCCGCCGAUUCCGACUGCGCUUCUCUGGGCGGGAUCCCAUCUGACAGUGACUAG